CAUCAACAUAUUAUUAUUAUUAUAUCUCUUUCCCUCUUCUUUACUUAGACCUACGAUUAUAUAUACAAAUAUAUAUGUCUUUGAUGGCAUGCAGUAGUAACUGUGGAGGUGCUGUAAUUCGUCUUCGUAAUCAGGCGAAGCUGCCGUCGCCGGAGAAAGCAGCGGCGAGCCAGCAGGACAAGCUGAGCUUUGGGGUGCUGCUCGAAACGACGCCCAGAAUGAUCAGUACGAAGCCAUUGACGAAGAGGCUGCUUGAAGCCGAAGAGAGAAGAGAUCACGGGAGGAGUGCAGGAAAAUUUGGGAGAUAUGGGGGAAGAUAUGUGCCCGAGACGCUCAUUGCUUGCUUGAAUAAGCUUGAAGAUGAGUUCUACUCUGCCUUGUCUGACCCUCAGUUCAAGGCGGAGCUCGCGGCAGCAUUGAGGGACUACGUCGGACGGGAAACGCCGCUGUACUACGCGGAAAGGCUGAGCAAUCACUAUAAGAAUGAGAGAGGAGAAGGCCCAGAAAUCUAUCUCAAGAGAGAGGAUCUCAACCACUGCGGAGCACACAAGAUGAACAACGCCAUCGCCCAAGCAAUGCUCGCCAAACGCCUCCACCGCACCGCCAUUGUCGCCGCAACCGGCGCCGGCCAGCACGGCGUCGCCACAGCCGCGGCCUGCGCCAAGCUUUCUCUGCAGUGUACCAUCUUCAUGGGACGCCUCGACAUGGAUAGGCAAUCCUCUAAUGUUGUCCUCAUGAAUCUCUUAGGUGCCGAGGUUAAACCUGUUGAUGGUACCUUCAAAGAUGCAACUUCUGAAGCCAUCAGGAACUGGGCCGGGAGCCUGGAAACAAGCUAUUUCCUAGCCGGAACGGCGGUGGGGCCUCACCCAUGUCCGAGGAUGGUGAGGGAAUUUCAAGCGGUGAUCGGGAAGGAGACGAGGAAGCAGGCGAUGGAGAGGUGGGGAGGGAAGCCAGAUGUGUGCGUUGCCUGCGUGGGAAGCGGAUCCAAUGCAUUGGGAUUGUUCCAUGAGUUUGUGAAGGAUGAGGAUGUGAGGUUGAUAGGGGUGGAGGCCGCCGGAGCUGGGCUGAGCAGCGGUCGGCACUCUGCGACUCUGGCCACCGGAGAGGUGGGAGUCUACCAUGGAGCCAUGUGUUACUUGCUGCAGGAUGAGGAAGGCCAGAUUGUUGGGCCACAUUCUAUUGGUGUUGGGUUGGAGUACCCAGGGGUGAGUCCAGAGCUGAGCUUCCUAAAAGACGUUGGGCGAUUAGAGUCCUACACUGUCACAGACCAAGAAGCAAUAAAUGCAUACCAGAGGCUAUGCAAACUAGAAGGGAUUUUUCCAGCUCUGGAAGCCUCUCAUGCUUUGGCACAUCUUGAGACAUUGUGCCCUACUUUACCACAUGGAACAAAGGUGGUUGUUAGUUGUAGCGGUCGUGGGGACAAGGAUGCGACUACUGUGUUUAAAUAUAUGUCAGCAUCAAUAUGAAAUAUGUAUGAUGCAUUGUAAUACCCAAAAUAUUUAACCAUUUUGGAUAUUUUAUUUAA